UGAAUGACAUCGUCGUCACAACAAAAAUCCAAGGAAAAUUUGUCUGCUUGCGUUGUGAUAUUAUUUUUCCUAAAUAUUACAGGAGGCGAGUUGGAUCAACCCUGGUCCUAGCCUGUCCAUAAAUAAAUGGACAAAUACAAUAAAAAAAAAAAAAAAAAAAUAUUACAGGAAAUUCUUGUUUUUAUUCCAAACAUUAGAUCUUUGGUUCGAUUGGACGUGUAGCGUUAUCGAUGUGAUACCAAAAGUUCGUGUAAUAAGUGUGUUAAUUCCGUAAAAAAUAUCUCGAUGGAUGGGUGUAGUUUUUGCACCAACCGGUGUGUUGGUCCGUUUCGACACAUUUUGACCAUCUGUGAGGAAUACCGGGCGGAUUUGGAGCCGGUCUUGCAGGAACUGAAUGCCACUGCGACACUCCUACCCAUUGCGGAAGGUUAUCAGACGUGCGACCAAUGUCGGCGAAGGAUAAUUUCUUCGCAUGGCAUUCCGGAAAGCUACUUCCAGAUUAUGCCCAGCUCGGAGGUGGUCAGUGUCAAGGUAGAACCGGACGUCGAUUUCGACCGGUUGCGACAAGGGGACGAGGAAGAGGACGAGGAGUUUCUUCCGCUUGAACCGGAAACGGAACUGCGGAUUGAUGAAGAGGAUCAGGGAGAUUUUUUGUUUAGCGGUUUGGACGAUCGGUUAACCGUGGAAAAUCAUAAGGAGAGUUUGCCACAGGAACCGGCGGUAAAAACCAGACGAAAAAAAUUGAAGCUGGAUCAGUCAGCGUCGUUUGGAGUUGUGAUUAAGAAGAAUCGAGUCUUUCCCAUCCGGCACCGGUGUCCAUUCUGCAACAAAGGCUUUGCGGAUAAGUAUCUGAUGACGACACAUAUCCGAUGGCACACUGGUGAGAAACCGUUCAAAUGCGAGCACUGCGAUAAAAGCUUCUGUGAGAAUUCAAAACUAAAACUACACAUGAGAACUCAUACAGGCGAACGCCCGUACGUAUGUCCUCACUGCGGCAAAGGUUUCACCCAGUCCGUGACGCUCAAGAUCCACAUCCGGAUUCACACCCGUGAGACUCCCUACGUGUGCGAAAUCUGCAACCGUGGAUUUACCCAAUCCUACAACCUAACCGUGCACUUGCGCAACCAGCACAACGAGGUCACGAUCUACCGCGGCCGGGAAGUGGGAAUCCUACCGGAGUACCGAUGCGAACAGUGCGGCAAAAUCUACCGGUCGCCAAAGAGUUUCCAGCUGCACGUUAAAAUGCACGGGUCAGGAAAGCUGUUCGAUUGCAAGAAAUGUGGGAAACAGUACACCUACGUGCACAAGUGCAAGCUGGAUGGCGGUGCGGACAAAUCUAAGGUCUAUCCGUGCCAGGUCUGUGGGCUGGAGUUCAAACACCACCAGAGUGUCAUCUAUCACAUGAGCAGUAAGCAUAACCGAUUCGGGUACGAGGAGGGCUGGGUUGGGAAGGGCCAGGAGGAAAAGGAAGAUUCGAAGGAGGGCAUCGUGGACUUAAGGCAAUUUGUAGAGUCAUCGCUGAUUUCGUGAUUUGGGAAGCGUUGGUAAUCUCGUAUGAUCAGAAACGAAGUAAAGAAAAAUGUGUAGUGCGA